AUGUCUCGGAGGUCAGCACCCCCCUCCCCCAUCUAUCAGCACCUCUCGUUCCCCUCUAUCAGCACCUCGUUCCCCUCUAUCAGCACCUCUAGUUCCCCUCUAUCAGCACCUCUCGUUCCCCUCUAUCAGCACCUCACUUACCCCUCUCUCAGCACCUCCACUCCGACACUCACUGCACUACCAUCCCCCCUCUGUCCUCUCAACCUUCCCCCUGUCACUGUACCUCCCUUCUCCCUCUGUCCUCACCUCCCUUCCCACUAUGACACACCUCUGUUCCCCUCUCACAUCACCUCUUCCCCCCCUGCCAGCGUCACCACUAACCCUCUACCCCGCGUGCCUCAACUCCUUUCCUCUUUAUUCGUGCACUUAUCUUGCCCCUCUGACCGCACCGCACCCCCCUUCCAACUCACCCAUCACCUCCUAACCCACUGCCCGCACCCUCUUUUCCCUCUCCACGCACCUUCAUUCCCCCCUUUUGACCUCACCUUCCUUUUCCCCUCCCCUUGCACCUUCUCCCCACCUCUGUCCUCUCCUCCCUUCCCCCUCUCACAGCUCCUACCUUCCCCCACCCACAGCAUCUCCCUUCCCCCACCCACAGCAUCUCCCUUCCCCCUCUCACAGCUCCUCCCUUCCCCCUCUCACAGCUCCUCCCUUCCCCCACCCACAUCAUCUCCCUUCCCCCUAUCACAGCUCCUCCCUUCCCCCUCUCACAUCUCCUACCUUCCCCCACCCACAGCAUCUCCCUUCCCCCUAUCACAGCUCCUCCCUUCCCCCUAUCACAGCUCCUCCCUUCCCCCUCUCACAGCUCAUACCUUCCCCCACCCACAGCAUCUCCCUUCCCCCUAUCACAGCUCCUCCCUUCCCCCUCUCACAGCUCCUCCCUUCCCCCACCCACAUCAUCUCCCUUCCCCCUCUCACAGCUCCUCCCUUCCCCCUCUCACAGCUCCUACCUUCCCCCACCCACAGCAUCUCCCUUCCCCCACCCACAGCAUCUCCCUUCCCCCUAUCACAGCUCCUACCUUCCCCCUCUCACAGCUCCUCCCUUCCCCCACCCACAGCAUCUCCCUUCCCCCUAUCACAGCUCCUCCCUUCCCCCUCUCACAGCUCCUCCCUUCCCCCACCCACAGCAUCUCCCUUCCCCCACCCACAGCAUCUCCCUUCCCCCUAUCACAGCUCCUCCCUUCCCCCUCUCACAGCUCCUCCCUUCCCCCACCCACAGCAUCUCCCUUCCCCCUCUCACAGCUCCUCCCUUCCCCCACCCACAUCAUCUCCCUUCCCCCUCUCACAGCUCCUCCCUUCCCCCUCUCACAGCUCCUACCUUCCCCCACCCACAGCAUCUCCCUUCCCCCACCCACAGCAUCUCCCUUCCCCCUAUCACAGCUCCUACCUUCCCCCUCUCACAGCUCCUCCCUUCCCCCACCCACAUCAUCUCCCUUCCCCCUAUCACAGCUCCUCCCUUCCCCCUCUCAUAGCUCCUCCCUUCCCCCACCCACAGCAUCUCCCUUCCCCCACCGACAGCAUCUCCCUUCCCCCUAUCACAGCUCCUCCCUUCCCCCUCUCACAGCUCCUCCCUUCCCCCACCCACAUCAUCUCCCUUCCCCCUAUCACAGCUCCUCCCUUCCCCCUCUCAUAGCUCCUCCCUUCCCCCACCCACAGCAUCUCCCUUCCCCCUCUCACAGCUCCUCCCUUCCCCCUCUCACAGCUCCUCCCUUCCCCCACCCACAUCAUCUCCCUUCCCCCUAUCACAGCUCCUCCCUUCCCCCUCUCACAUCUCCUACCUUCCCCCACCCACAGCAUCUCCCUUCCCCCUAUCACAGCUCCUCCCUUCCCCCUAUCACAGCUCCUCCCUUCCCCCUCUCACAGCUCAUACCUUCCCCCACCCACAGCAUCUCCCUUCCCCCUAUCACAGCUCCUCCCUUCCCCCUCUCACAGCUCCUCCCUUCCCCCACCCACAUCAUCUCCCUUCCCCCUAUCACAGCUCCUCCCUUCCCCCUCUCACAGCUCCUCCCUUCCCCCUCUCACAGCUCAUACCUUCCCCCUCCCACAGCAUCUCCCUUCCCCCUAUCACAGCUCCUCCCUUCCCCCUCUCACAGCUCCUCCCUUCCCCCACCCACAUCAUCUCCCUUCCCCCUCUCACAGCUCCUCCCUUCCCCCUCUCACAGCUCCUACCUUCCCCCACCCACAGCAUCUCCCUUCCCCCACCCACAGCAUCUCCCUUCCCCCUAUCACAGCUCCUACCUUCCCCCUCUCACAGCUCCUCCCUUCCCCCACCCACAGCAUCUCCCUUCCCCCUAUCACAGCUCCUCCCUUCCCCCUCUCACAGCUCCUCCCUUCCCCCACCCACAGCAUCUCCCUUCCCCCACCCACAGCAUCUCCCUUCCCCCUAUCACAGCUCCUCCCUUCCCCCUCUCACAGCUCCUCCCUUCCCCCACCCACAGCAUCUCCCUUCCCCCUCUCACAGCUCCUCCCUUCCCCCACCCACAUCAUCUCCCUUCCCCCUCUCACAGCUCCUCCCUUCCCCCUCUCACAGCUCCUACCUUCCCCCACCCACAGCAUCUCCCUUCCCCCACCCACAGCAUCUCCCUUCCCCCUAUCACAGCUCCUACCUUCCCCCUCUCACAGCUCCUCCCUUCCCCCACCCACAUCAUCUCCCUUCCCCCUAUCACAGCUCCUCCCUUCCCCCUCUCAUAG